CAGAACCCGAGUUUCUGCAUGUGUUCUUCACCGUGUUAAUACCCUGAACAAAGGCCAGCUUUCCAAUCCAUUUCCAUGGCUUUUUUGCCAUUACUUUUUGUUAUCCUCACCUAGCAAAUGCUUGCAAUUGAUCAAAUGAUGGUUUACUUCAAUUCCAUGGCUAUUUCCCCUCUAGUCUCAUCGAGUUACUUGUGUUUUGCAGGACCAGUCCCGUCUUGCGAAGAACAUGAAAUAUUCGUCGGAGGCUUAUCGUGGAGCACCAAUGAUCGACGAGUCAAAGACGCCUUCAGGCGUUUUGGAAAAAUUCUCGAUGCUCGAGCAACAUCCGUUUCCCCCCCUCAUUUUUUCGUGCAUUUUAUGGAUGUGCUGGCUUGUCCAUGUCCUCUACUGUUCUUGAUUUUUUGCCUCUGUGUUUAUCAUGAACGCGAUUAAUUUUUAGGUCUUCGUAUUUCUGAUAUAGUGCUUGCAAUUUAGUGCAACGACAUUCGUUCUGGAAUUGCUUGUAUUUUACGGGAGAUCUAGAAGAGUUGAGAUAUUGUAAUUUUAGUUUUUCGCAUUCUCAAUGUAGUGCAACGACAUUCAUUUACUUCGGUUUAUGCUGGAAAAGCCUAGAGGAAUGUGUUUUCCCCCUUUUGAUUUCUCUAUUUUAUAUCAGUUCAUAUUUUAGUACUGUGAGUUUCUUUACUCCCUUUUGAUUGAUUAGUCAUGAUUAUGUAUUGAGGAAGUCUCACUUAGCUAUCUCUGUACAAGCUUUUUGUUAGUCUCGAGGAUUAUAUGAAAAAUGCUUCUUAUUCUGUUUGAGCUUCUGUCCUUAUAAAAGUUGGUUUGUUUUCGUGAGAGUGUAACUUGUCGUGUUUCUGCAGGUCAUUGUAGAUCGGUUUUCCGGUCGCUCGUGUGGAUUUGGAUUUCUUACCUUUGCAAAUCGUCGUGCAAUGUAUAAUGCAAUUGGGAAAUGAGUGGCUAGGAACUUGACCAGCGUACUAUCUCAGUGGGAAAGGCUAAUUUUAGUAUGAAGGCAGAAUACGAAGAACCAAGCUAAUUUAUCUAGUGGUCGGGUUAGCUUUAAGAGAGAAUCUAGAUACAUAGUUGAUGAUGAAUGCUUUAAGUGUGGACGCUUGGGGCAUUGGGCACGUGAUUGUCCUUUAGUUGGAAGGCAUAGACCCUCAGUUUCGUCUCAUUUUCGGUGUGAAAGCGAUGACAGCGAGGGUUCUUUUGAGGAAGACCGUGAUCAAUACAUGGAUGAACAAUAUGACGGAGGACAACAAGUUAAGGAUCAUUUUGAUAAUAGACAAGACAAGGAUGGAUGCGAUGACUACGAUCAUAACGACAGGGUGACUUCUACAAAAAGGAGCUUCCAAUGAAAAUAGUUCUUGCUCUCACUUAGUUGACAGCUGUAUGGUUGGAAAUGUGACUGUGAGUUUGUCGAGUAAUAUGCUUAAAGAAUGUGAGAAGUUCAAACACUACUCAUGUUCCCUUGAGAAUCACAAACACAAAACUUCUUCAUUCCAGAACGAAGAGGAAAAGAAGGGGGACCGUGAAGCUUGGUUAACAGCUACAAACUUCUCUCAGGAGGAUUCUAGGACCAUGCUUGCGACUAUGGUUUUAUUUGAUGAGUUGUCGUUUAAGAAAGUGGAGAGUGAAAAUUUCCAGAAAUUUUGUCAAUCAUUACAGCCUAAGUUUGUCAUUCCAUCACAAGUUACGAUAAUACAAGAUUGGUUUCAAAUAUACUUGAGCAAGAGAAAGCGUCUGAAAAAUGUCCUCACGCAGAAUUGUCAAAGAAUAUGUUUGACUAUUCAUACGUGGACCUCUUUCAUGAAGAAAAUUAUAUGGUUUUAACUGCACAUUUUGUUGACAAAGGCUGGGAUUUGCAUGAAAGGAUUUUGAACUUUUGUCAAAUAUCUGAUUGUGAAGUAGAAACAAUUGGUAAAACAACAGAGAAGUGUUUCCUUGAAUGGGGUAUCAAUGGAGUGCUCACUGUAACUGUUGGAAGAGAGAGUUCCAACGAUGCUGUAAUUAGUUAUUUGAGAGAUAAGUUCAUAGCACAGGAUUCUUUGGUGUUAAAUGGGGAGUUCUUAUACGUAAGGUCAAGUUUCCGUGUAUUCAGGAUGUUAAUCAAUGACGCUUGGAAACACUUAUACAAGUCUAUACUCCUAAUUCGAUAUUUUGUGAAGAAUAUUACAUCUUCUCCCGCAAGGUUACAGACUUUUAGAAACUUUGCCUUUGAUAAAGGAAACAUUCUCCCAACAGAUGAGCUUUUCAAUCUGGAUGUACCAGCAACAUGGUUUCACACAUGUGAUGCAUGCAGUUGCGAAUUUCCAAUUUGUAUUUGAGAGGAUAAAAGAUCAAGAUCCGAAGUUUUUUUCGGAGGCCAUACAUUCACUGGAGGAUUGGGUAAAUAUUUGUGCAUUUGUCAAAUUAUUGGUGGUUCUUAAUGACAUUGCUUUAAAUAUUUCUGCACCUUCAUACAUAAGCCCGAAGAAAUAUUUUCAUAAGCUUUGCUCGAUACAAGUUUUGAUUCAAGAAUAUUCUCAAUAUCAAAAUGAUAACCCGUAUUUGCAUUGGAUGAUAGAAAGCUUACAAGUUAGGUUUAAAAAAUACUGGGGCAACUCUAAUAAAACAAACUUCCUGCUAUAUGUAGCUGUGGUUCUUGGUCCAAGGUAUAAGUUAAAGUUUUUGAAGGAUCGGUUUCGGGAAUUUUGGGGGGAUGUUGUUGCUGAUAAGAUGACUGCAAAGGUGAAAGGAACUUUACAAAAAAUGUGUGAUGAAUACUUCUUCAAUAUGACAAGAGAUGAACUGAAUACUGUCAUUAGUUCACCUGUUGGAUCUGUUCGUGCAUCAAUGGUUGAGAAAUUUAAGAAAUUUCUUGACAAAGAAGCAUCAAAUGAUAGUAAGAUGGCGGUAGAUAAUUAUUUGGACGAAUGCUGCCAUCGAAGAGAUGGCAAGGAUCUGGAUGUUUUCAAGUGGUGGCAGUUGAACUCUUCUCGAUUCUUAAUCCUCAGUGAAAUAGCCAAGGACAUCUUUGCCAUUCCUCUCACCACAUCUGCAUUUCAGUCUACUUUUAAUGCUGAAGCUCGUGUACUGGAUCGUUUUCGGUCCUUGUUUCCUCUUAAGAUAUUAGAAGCCCUCAUUUGUGUUCAAAGUUGGCUACAACCUAAACCUCUCGUGGCUGAUGUAGGUGAUGUAAUAGAAGAUAUUGAUAAAUUAGAUCAAGAAUUUUCUAAAAUUGGAGGUGAACUUGGACUCCAUUGCGGAUCAAACUUUUCAAGGCUGUGCAGGUGGUUUUUAUGUCUAAUGGAAUAGGGUAAUGAUAAAGAUUUUGGUCCUCAAUGUGUGAGGGUAUGAAAAUGGAGGAAGAAGUUUCAGUUUCAGAGAAGGGUAACUAGCUCAUCUUCCUUUGAACACUACUACUAAUGUGUAUGUAUUUUGUUGAAGUUGUAGAAAUUUCCAAAAAGUUUCUUUUUGUAAUGAAUUGGUUGGACCUUUAACUAAGUUCAUUUAU